GUGUUGAACAUUUCCAGCGUGAAGCCAGAAACUUCGAGCUUCUAUCACAUGCAUAAAUGAAGCAAAUAGAUUUUCAUCAUUCAUGGGAACACGGAUGAAAAAGUCUAUUCCUAGAAGUCUCCGAAUUAAAUGGUUAAAACGUACACCCAGCCCAGGAGUGCAUCUCAAUGAACGGUCAAGCUGCAAUUUCAUAUCUCUUGUAAUCUCUCGAAGAUGCCCUUUACAUAGACCAUUACUUUUUCGCUGAGCUUGAGUUCUUUCCUCAUGUGAUCUACUUGCUGGUCAUCUCCCUGAACAACAAUCUCAGACACAGUCCCAUCCUCGGCAACCAACAUCUUAACCUCGAUCUGCUCCUUUCUGGAUGCUUAACCUCCUCUGCAUCCAUUCCAUCAAAGUGUAUUAACGUCAAACUACAAUUUCAACAAAAAUAGCAAAGAUCUUAAGGGGGGGAACAAAAGAAACUUGGAAGUUGAAUUUGGAAGGAAUGGGAAUGGAGGAGAGAGGCGGUGGCUGUGGUGAUAGUAUCUUUGUUGCCAUAUCCCUUCAAAGGUUGCAUAGAGGAAUGAGGCACUUGAGCUGAGUUUAAGCAUUUUCAUUGCCAAGCCUUGUGCUGUAACGGUCGGCGACUUGAAUGGCCCAGAAAGUGCACGUACGCGAGGGUGGAGUAAGAGAGCGAACCCCGGAGUACGAAACGGCUGGAGCCAGAAGCCAGGAGCCAGGAGCCGAGCCCCCUGCGCGCGAAUGAACGAUUCAAUGUUCACAUAACGGUUCCGAGAAACCGCACCCGUCUGAUCGCCCCCCUCUCCCCUUUGUAUUCCACUAUUCUCUAUCUCCAUUUUGUGUCUCUCUAUCUAUUGGAUAACUCCAAACCCUUUGUUUUCUCUCUUUCUCUCGCCGUUUCUUUAUACCAAUUAUCUUUGGCCGCCUCCCCCUUUUCUCUGCCCCCUUUCUUACCUUCUUUUUCCUCUGUUUUUUUCCCCUUUUCUCAAACCACUGCUCCAGCUUGCUUGAAGGAAAAUGUUCGCUGAUCAAUGGAGAAAGCGACUGAAUGGUGCCAGCAUUGCUGGCUACAAUUCUUGGGACCGAUACAGAACCAAAAAGAAAAAACUGGAGUCACUGCAAACUGAUUUAAACAAAAAAUCUUGUAUUUCCCUUGAGUGGGAUGGGAACCAAAAAAAGGUCGUUGCCAAAAGGGAACAAAUUGGCUUAAGUUGGAGGCAUUUAAGGCCAUUUACAGAUUACACACUACAUUACCACAGAGUCUUGGCAGAUGUUUUGACACUUCCUCAUGAAAUUUUUGACUUAGAAAACUUGGCUGAGGUGCUUUCUUAUGAGGUUUGGCAGACUCAUCUGUCUGAAAAUGAGAGAAAUCUGCUUAUGCAGUUUCUUCCUACAGGGACAGACAAAGAGCAGAUUCUGCCAGCUUUGCUUGCUGGGGAUAACUUUCACUUUGGAAAUCCUUUUCUUAAAUGGAGUAAAUCACUUUGUUCGGGUCAUCUUCACCCUGAUACAGUUAUUCAGGAGGAACAGCAUUUAAAGGCUGAGAAGAAAGCAUACUAUUCAGAGUUACAGGACUACCAUAAUGAUAUCAUAGAGUAUUUGCAGAAACUGAAGGAGAAAUGGGAAAGCUGCAAAGACCCCGAACAAGAAAUUGUGCAGAAGUUAUGGAGGUCAAGAAGGGUUCGUGAGGAAAGGGUUUUCUCACAUUCGAAUGAAUCUAGGCUUGGCAACAUUGAGCUGGAUGUUACAGCUACCUCUGAAUCUUGCUCUUGGGUUGCAGAUGAGAAAGCAUGCAGUAGUGAUAACCAGAAUUCCUCUGUUGUGAAGGGUGGAGAACCACAAAGAAGAAUGUACACGAAAGGUUUCAUCAAGGACAAAGGUAGAAUGCUCUUGACUGCUCCAGAGUAUGCACUGACUGUGGAGGCAAGACCCACAAAGGAUGACAAGAUACACAAGCGCAAUAUUCAGAAUUGUGAUGGUGCGAAAUAUAUGUCAUAUUUUAAGAUAAGCAAGAAGCAGCAUGAACUUAUUAAGAAUAUGAAGCAGUCUGGUCGAAGCAUUCAAUCUAGGUCUCUCAACCACGUCUUAGGUGACAUUGAUACAUUGCAUGUGCAACCAUAUGAAGUAUUCAUGGAAGAAGAACAGAGGAAGUUGCAUGAACAUUGGUUGAGAUUGGUAAAGGAAGACCUCCCUGCAUCAUAUGCAAACUGGAGAGAAAUACAGUUACAGAAAUGGGAAAUAACAAAGUCAUUGGAGCAAGAUUUGAAAGAAAAACUAAAUCCACUGACGGAGGAUGAGGAGGAUGAAGAUACUGGAAAGCACCAGGAUCAGGAAGACGAUGUUGACACGACCUUGGCUGUUCUAGAUGUGGAGGAAGAGGGCCCUGAGAAGUUAAUUGAGUAUCAGAAGGAUACUGAAGCAACAGACAGUGAGUGCGGCAUGGAAGAGGGAAAAUCUGUUCUGCCUUUACCACAGAAUCAGUCCCUACAGCAGAUUUUUUCUAUUGAUAGAGGCCAUAUCUGCAAUCGUGUGGAUAUGGAGUCUGAAAACAAUGAGAAUAUCUCAAAAUCAGAUGUUGCUUCUUCAGAUGUAUCUGAGCACUCAGAGAAUUUGAACAUUGCUGAUGCAACUAUUAGCCAUCCCGUCUCUUCCGCAGAAAAUGUCUGGUCCGCAGAUAUCUUGCCACACUCUUACCACGAUUCUACCGCAGGCCAUGAAUACACAUCUACCAGUGGAUUGUCACUCACUUAUCAAGCCAAUGAAGACCAACAGAACCAAAUGAUUGAUCUGGAAUCAGAUUUGCGUGAAGAAAGUACUGGGAAGGUUUUAUUGCAUGGACAUUCUAAAGAUGGUUCCUUUAGUUCUUAUACAAAUCAAGACCGAAAUGAGCUGCUUCAAUCUUUCUUCAAGGAUCAGGUAUUGUUAUAUCAUAGUGAGCAGAAACAGACGGGGCAAGGUUUCCAGCCCCCAAAGAAUCUGUUGAUGGAAGAUGGUCAUUUGAAUGGGGAAUUUCAGGAGCAGUUGCAGUCAUCACUGCCAUUAGAGGAGGGGCAAAAGAGGCAGAAUGAGGUUUAUAUGCGACAAAACAUGUCAGAAAACAUUUAUUCUGAUGGGGGUAGAUACUUGACCCCAAAACGAGAGCACCUGCCUUCAGGAAAUAUGCAGGAUUGGGCUGUCAAUCCUGCCCACAUGUUAGCGCCUUUCCAACAUCAGUUGAAUAGUGGAGAAUUGUUGAGUCAAAACUGGUUUACUGGAGAGCGUCAAGCUCAAGUUCAUGGUGGGUGGGCUGGUUCAGAUGGUUUUACUGCCCCAAGUCAGGGUAUUGCAAGUGGAAACAAUGCAGAUCAGAGCCUAUUUAGUGUUCUAUCUCAAUGCAACCAACUUCGUUCAAGUAGCACUUAUGAAUCAAUGGGCUCUACUGAGCAGUUCGUUCCACAGAGGAACAAUGGAAUGGUGAGGGGGGGCUCUUCUGGAAUAAUUGGAAAUAAUUUGCGGCAUGCUGCUUAUCCACUUGAUUAUUUAGGUGGUCGUGAUGCAGCUACUUCAUUGAUGGCUGAUGAUGUAGGAUGGAUGAACUUGCCACAUCAGAAUUCUGCUCUGCAUGAUCCAAUGGGGAAACCAUAUUUGAGGUCAUGGAAUCAAUAAGGAGGGUCCUUUUCUUUUAUUUGUUUUUAAAGGAAUAGAAGGUCUAAAGUUUAGUGGAAUUAAUUGGAGGUCUAAAGUUUAUUAGUCAUGAGCUGGCUUGGAGGAUUGGGAGAAAUGCUGAAAGCAAAUUUCUUGUGAUUUGAGUUUGUUUCCUCUAUUAUAGUAUAUGAUUUUUUAGAGGAAUGGUGGAAGAGACUGCAGAUUUGCAGGAGCGGAGUAUACAAAGACUCUGAGAUAGGUUUUUGUACAUACCCCUAUACAAAGAGCCAACUGAACUCAACACCUUUGUAUAUACGUGGAUGUUGGUUGGGCUGCUGGGAGGUAAGUUGUCAAGGAUAAAAUAAUCCUGGAAUCUCAUAUUUGGUAGAUUUACAUAUUGCAAUGAGGAUUCUUUUUUUUUCAUAUUCCUUGUCUCAUUGACUCUCAACUAUUUUCAAUAAUUUUGGAGGCUCUCUAACUGCUACUUUUCUCUUUCGUAGUCGAACGUUUUGUUUUUAAUGAGGUUCUGGGUUGGGUAAUAAAAUCUAUUACUUACAAUUAAAGAUGUCCCCUUCUCAUUUAUGGCCAGCCAUAUGUUUUUGUCUUAAAAUAUAAUUUGAGGGGUAAUUUUGAAAU